AUGGUCCCAAAUGAAGCUCAUCAGAAUAUGGGGAUCAUCCGCUUACUUCUCCAUUUGCGGUGGUUGUGGGUUGGGCUUUUUGCUGUGGAUGAUGAAAGUGGAGAACAUUUCUUGAAGGUCCUGGAGCCACUGCUUGCCCAAAAUGGAAUCUGUUUGGCUUUUAUAUACAGAAUCCCCAGGAAAUACUACUGGAAUGACUUAGGUUAUAUUAGUCAUUUACUUCUAGAUAUUUAUCUACCUUACAGAGAUAGAAAAGCCAACACUUAUCUGUUCUAUGGAGAAUCUCUGGCACUUAUAGCAUUCAACAUGUUUAUGCUUCUAGGCAAUCCUCGAUAUAAAGAAGUUCUCUUGUUGAGAAAGAUAUGGAUUAUGACAGCCCAGGUUGAUUUUGCAUUAGGAAGCCAUCAGAGGGCUUGGGAUUUCCAGUUCUUCCAUGGGACCAUUUUUUUUGCCAUUCAUUCAGAUGAAGUUCUUGGAUUUCAGAGCUUUCUUAAGGGCAUAAAACCUUAUGAAGAACAAGGAAAUGGCUUUCUCAAGGAAUUCUGGGAGCAAGCCUUUGACUGUUCUUAUUCAAAUCCUCAGGGGACAAUGGAGAUCAAUGAAACAUGUACCAGGGAGGAAAGGCUAGAGAGCCUUCCUGGGCAUCUAUUUGAAUUGUCCAUGACAGGUCACAGUUACAGCAUCUAUAAUGCAGUCUAUGCUGUGGCACAUGCUUUGCAUGCCAUGUACUCAUCCAAAUCCUAUGACAGAACAACGGACAGUGGUCAAGGUGUGGACCAUUAUGUUCUCCAGUCUUGGCAGGUUCACCCAUUUCUUCAAGGCAUUUCAUUUAACAAUUCAGCUGGAGAAACCUUGUCUUUUAAAGAAAACAGGGAAAUGGGAGAUGGAUAUGAUAUCAUGAACCUGGUCACCUUCCCAAAUAAAUCUUUCUAUAGGGCAAAAAUUGGAAGGAUGGAUUUCAAUGCUCCUGAAGGACAAAAGUUAAUUGUUCAUGAGAAUGUGAUUGUCUGGCAAAAAAGUUUUAACCAGAUGGAGGCCAUUUCUUUGUGCAGUGACCUCUGCAACCCUGGCUAUCAUAAGAAAAAGAAGGAAGGGGAGAAAUUUUGCUGCUACGAUUGUGUGCCUUGCCCAGAAGGGGAGAUUUCCAGCCAAAGGGAUAUGGAUGAUUGUAUCAAAUGUCCAAGUGACCAAUAUCCAACCAAAACCCAAGAUGGAUGUGUUCCCAAGACACUAAGUUUCCUGUCUUUUCAUGAACCUUUAGGUAUUAGUUUGGCUUCCAUAGCUAUUUCUUUAGCCCUCAUCACAACUGUAGUUUUAGGAAUUUUCGUUAAGCACAAAAACACUCCUGUAGUCAAAGCCAACAACCGGGAUAUCACCUACAUACUUCUCAUUGCUCUUCUGCUCUGCUUCCUCUCCUCAUUGCUGUUCAUUGGCCAACCAACAAAAGUCUCCUGCUUCCUCCGUCAAUCUGCUUUCAGCAUUAUCUUCUCAGUGGCUGUUUCUUGUGUGUUGGUCAAAACCCUCACUGUGGUUGUAGCUUUCAUGGCUACUAAACCAGGGUCCGGCAUGAGAAAGUGGGUAGGGAAACGACUGGCUAACUCAAUUAUCUUUUCCUGCUCCCUCAUCCAAGUAAGCAUUUCUAUGGUGUGGCUAGCAACUUCACCACCAUUCCCAUAUUUUGACACAGUGUCACUGACUGAAGAGAUCAUAUUUGAAUGUAAUGAAGGGUCUGAAUUCAUGUUCUACCUUGUCCUGGGUUAUAUGGGACUUCUAUCCAUCAUCAGCUUGACUGUGGCUUUCCUAGCCAGGAAGUUGCCUGACAGUUUCAAUGAGGCCAAGUUCAUUACCUUCAGCAUGUUGAUCUUUUGCAGUGUUUGGUUGUCUUUUUUCCCAACGUACCUGAGCACCAAAGGGAAAUCCAUGGUAGCUGUGGAAAUCUUCUCUAUUUUGGUGUCCAGUGGUGGUUUACUAGGUUGUAUCUUUUCCCCCAAAUGCUACAUUAUUGUGUUGAGACCUGAGCUGAACAGAAGAGAGCAACUAAUCAGGAGAAAAAAUAACAAUUGUAAUUCUUAA